AUGAAGCCCAUAGUCCAAAGAAGACGAUCAACUCCUUCUGCCAUUACUAAAGCUCUCGGCAAGUCAAAGUACCAUGCCAGGGAAACUACCCUUUCCUCGUCCCAUUCGGACAACAGGCUGCCAAGCGGGGUGUUCAGCAGCCCAGGCUCCACUUUCAUCCUGGACGAGCGAGUACAGCUAACCAUGGGCCUGCAGACCCAGGAGAGACAUUUGAUCCUGUUCAGUGAUGUGCUGGUUGUCGCCAAGUCCAAAUCCUCCUGCAGCCUGAAGCUGAAGAAGCAGAUACAUCUGAGUGAAGUGUGGACCGGCACCUGUCUCAGUGAAGUGACAGAGAAAAAGCUGGGUCCCGAGAAUUCGUUUGUCAUCGGCUGGCCUACCAUCAACUAUGUUGUCACCUUCAGCUCAGCUGAUGUGAAGGAACGAUGGCUGUCAGCAUUACUGUGGCAUAUCAAUGAGGUAAAACAGAAUGAAUAUCUGAAGAAUGUAACCCUUCAGAUCCUUGUGCUGGAUGCUGACAACUGUUCUUCUACUGCCAUGGUCAAUGUGUCCAACGUGGAAACUGCGGAGAGCGUGAUGAAGAAGAUGCUUCUACAGCUUGGAUUUCCUGGCAGGACAAGUGAACACCACCUCUGGGUGAUCUCAGGAAAAGAUGACGCUGCUUACCCUCUCAUUGGGCACGAGCAUCCUUUCAGCAUCGCUUUGAACUGUCUCCGGGACUCUGCUGACCAGCAACAAGGAACCAACAAUAAUACCCUCCUGGCUGAUGGGACAGAGACUUCCUUCCUUGAUCAGCUCCCGAAGGAAAAACAGUGUCAGUUUGUCCUGAAACCCAGGCUUCAAGCUCCAGUGCAGCUGAGGAGAGAGUCACUGCAGAAACACACCAGGAGGAAGAAGUCCUUGAUUGACUGGGCCCUGCGCCGCAGCACCAGCACCCCCACGGGCAGCCCUCCUUCACAGUCGCCCACCACCCCGCGGAAGCUCUUUGGCCUCUCUCUGUCCUCUGUCUGUCCUGACGGGAUCCUUCCCAAGCCAAUCAUGGAUAUGCUGCUCCUGCUGUACCACGAAGGUCCCUCUACUAGGGGAAUUUUCAGACGUUCUGCCAAUGCCAAGACUUGCAAGGAGCUGAAAGAGAAGCUGAACUCUGGAGAUGAUGUCCAGGUGGAUGGAGAGUCAGUCUUUGUGGCUGCAGCUGUCAUCACGGAUUUUCUACGAAAUAUACCUGACAGUGUUCUAUCCUCAGACAUGCACAGACUGUGGAUGGAAGCUGUGGACACGGAAAAUCGGGCACAUAAGAUUGAAGCUAUCAAAAGUCUGGUCAACCAGCUCCCAGAGGCCAACCUCAUCUUACUCAGACACCUCUUUGGAGUCCUCCAUCACAUCGAGCAGAAUUCCGGCGUGAAUCAGAUGAAUGCUUUCAACCUGGCUCUUUGCAUAGCACCCAAUAUGCUGUGGCUACCGAGUCCCACUGGGCCUGAAGAGGAGAGCAGGUCUACAAAGAAGGUGGCCUUGUUAGUGCAGUUCCUGAUUGAAAACUCAGGGGAGAUUUUUGGAGGUGACAUUGCUUCCUUGUUUCAAAGACCAGACAAAAAGAAGUCCAAAAACUCAGAGGAAUCUCUGGGCAUAGGCUUGGCUCAGCAUGAUGAUUCCUCUGAUGAGCUGGAAUUUUCUCCUUGUGACCCAGAAGGACCAAAGCACCACCUGGUACCUGAAGUAGAUGCCGUUUUUGAACCAUCCAGCAGCUUGUUACUUGGUGAGGAUCAGGAAGACUGGGACUUGUUCAGUGAGAUCACAGCCUGCUACCAAAGCAAAGCCCAGAAGAACACCAGCGCAGACAGCUACGACCUCCUGGAAGAGGAGGGCUCCUUCUGCUCCCUCGGUUCAAUCCGCUCCCUCAGCCUGGCCAGGGACCGGUGCUCCUCGGAGCCCAGUGUCUGCCUCAGCUCCCAGCUGCCUGCGCAGAGCCACGAGCCGGUGGCCCGCCAGUCCAGCUGCGAUGCCACCAUCAUGCACAGCCGUACGGACUACAUCCACCGGCUCAAGCAGCUGCAGGUGGAGAGCCAGAAGUUAAUUGAUGAAGGUCUAAGCCCUGGGGUUAAUAAGGCCAGGCAGAAUUUGUGGCAGUCGCCUCAGAGCAGCUCUAGGGUGAAGAAGCUCAGCCUUCAGAAAUCCAGCCUGUCCAACAGGUCCAGCUUCUCUAGCCUGUCCUCUACUACCACAUCCCCGUCUGCCUCCUCGCUCAGCUCCUUAGACAGUGCUUUCUCCUACUGCUCAGAGUCAUCAGCCAUUAGUCCCACAGACGUCUCAUCCCUGCCGUUCAUGUUCGGCACGUCUGCCCGGCUUCACGCUGUGUCCCCCAAGAUUGCCAGAAGGUCCUUGAAGGAGUGGCACAAGCCCUUCACGUCCCCUGUGCCUAUCCAUCCGUGUGACCUGGACAGUUUCCAUGAGCGUGAACCCAAGGCUGUGGAGAGCAAUCAUUGCUCUGGGGAGAGGAAAAGCUUUCCAUCCGUCAGCGGAGCUGCUGUGGGAAGCCCACUAACUGACAUGGACUGGGAGGAAGAGGAGAGUCAGCUGAGCUGCACAGGGGGCCCUGGCCCAGGGCUCAGCAGCCGGGAUCGUACCAAGGAGGUUGAACAAAAUGCCGAGCUCCCAGGUUCCAGCCUGGCCAGCGAAAGAUCCCCACUGAUCAGCCUCCAGCAGCACGGAGAGAAGGCAGCGAAGAACGUGGACAUCAAAAGCGCUGAUGCCUGCCCUCCAAGCCAGGACAGCCUGAAGCGCACCAAGAUAACUUUUUAUGUGGCCCCAAAUAAAGAAAGCUCUUGGGGGUCUCCAGCAGAAGAGGAGAGAUCCGUGGCAAACACCAGCAGCAGUGGUGAGCAAAGCCCGUCCAAGAGCUUGCAGACUGUGCGAGUCCACAUCCCCCAGACCGUGUUCUACGGGCAGAAUACCCCCCUUGUCCUGCAGUCCACCUCCAGGCGCAACCACCAUGAACCAGCGAUCCCGUCCCUGCAGGCAGAGCACAAGGAGAGCCCCCAAAGUGCACCCGCUCCCCAGGAGCUGGAGAGCAAGGCAGUGGGAAUGGCGCAGGCGCCAUCCCGGAGCAAGGGCUUCAACACGUUCAGCCACACCAUCCGUAUCAUCCUCCCCACCUCCAUUCGAAACACCGUCAGGGAGUACUUCAAGCACGAUGAAACCAAGACCUGUCCCACAGCUGAGGUGGAAGCGGUAGAGAAUGAACUCCUCCGGAGCAGGGUGGAGUGGCUCCAGGGCCAGCUGCCGGUGGAGGUGGCCGCAGAGGAGCGUGAUACAGCAGCGUUUGCAGAAGAGACAUUUGUCUAG